AUCAUUUCCGGUUGUUACCCGCUGAAACAGUAAAGAUUGUCCGCCAUUAUUGAGAACUGACGCUACGGCGUAUUAUUCCAAACAUUUUGUUCAGUUUUUGCUACAUUUAUCUCAUUUAUACAUAGUUGAAGUUCCACAAUGAGUGAUAUUGAGCGAAGUGGUAGUCGUAGUGCAAGUCCUAGAAGACCAAGAACAGCAGAUGGAGGGUUAAGAGAUUCACGUUCACAUUCAAGAUCACGUAAAUCAAGAGAACGUAAAGAAUCCCACCGACCAGUAAAAGAAUAUUCAAGAUCACGAAGUCGCUCAGUGUCAAGGGGAAGAAAAUCUUAUCGCAGCAGCAAAUAUGCUAGUGCAGGUCAUCGUGGUAGUAGUCGCAGUCGUAGUCGUUCUCCGUAUAGGGGUGGGCGAUAUUCUCGAAGCAGAUCUCGAUCAUAUUCUCGUUCCCGUUAUUCUCGCGAACAUGAUAGAAACAUUUAUCGUUCACACUCACGUAGUCCAAUGUCAUCUAGACGACGUCAUGUUGGAAACAGAGACAAUCCAUGUCCUUCGAGAUGUUUAGGUGUGUUUGGACUUUCCAUUUUUACAACAGAGCAACAAAUACAUCACAUUUUUUCUAAAUAUGGACCUGUUGAACGUGUACAAGUUGUAAUUGACGCAAAGACUGGAAGAUCCAGAGGAUUCUGUUUUGUAUAUUUUGAAUCAUCUGAAGAUGCUAAGGUAGCAAAAGAACAGUGUACAGGAAUGGAUAUCGAUGGUCGAAGAAUAAGGGUAGAUUUUUCAAUAACACAACGAGCUCAUACACCAACUCCAGGAAUUUACAUGGGAAAACCUACACAUCUACAUGAUAGAGGAUGGGAUGGACCCAGAAGACGAGACAGUAGCUACAGAGGAAGCUAUCGACGUUCACCCAGCCCGUAUUACAAUCGCCGCCGUUCACGCUACGAUAGAUCUCGAUCACGUUCUUAUUCGCCACGUCGAUAUUAAGUGACACGAGUGUGAUGCGAGAGGCCAGGUGUUUGGGAGACCAUUUGUGUGACUUGACCCUUUGACCUCAAAUUUCUUCUAACAAUACUGUACCGGGUCAAAAAAUGCAAACGCUACAUUCUUUUAUUACUAUUCUUACCUUACCUAGUUCUGCAUUAUAUGCAAUUAAUAUACGGCAUUUAAAUUACGAUAUUGUACAAUAUCAAUUAAUGAGAAUUUAAUAUGCAAAGGAGUGUAGUAUAUUCUUUGCAUGAAACAGUAAGGUUAGAAUGGACGCAAAAACCUUAUUUUCAUAAUAUUUCUAUUACUUUCUUAGGAGUUUUUAUGAAGAUAAGGUUUACAUAUUGUAAUAAUGGUGAUGCUAAUAUGUGAAGGUUGGAAUAUAAUAAUAAGUUUCCAUUUUUCUUUAACUUUAAUUAUUUGCUUAAAAAUUAUAUUCCAGCCAUUCUGAUUUUAAAUAUAAUUUUGGUAAAACGUGUUAUAAAUCCGGAAAAAUAUGGUAUUCUUGAAUGUUUAUAUGAAAAAGAAAAAACGGAAAGACCGAAACAUACAGAAAAGAAUGAAACAAAACAAAAAUAAAAUUAAAAAUAGAACUAAGUUCUCUAACCUGUUUGUUUGUUUAUAAGGUUUUGAAUCAAGAGGUAUUGGAUGAUAGAGGGAAGUUUGAAGUUUCACUGAAAAAAUGAAAGUUUUGAAAAGUUGAAGACAAGAUAUCUCAAGAUGUUUGUCUUGCUCGAAUUUUGAAGAUCCGAAGGUUUUUCGCGCUUGUGACAAAGAAUAUGAUCCGAAUCGCAUUCCUUACCGGCUGAGAAGUCUCAAGCCUAGAAGAACUGCAAGCCUGAAGACAGUAAGAAAUCGUUGAUCAUCAGGCCCCCGACCUGGACAAGCCAAUGGUUGGGGGUGAAACUGGUCGAACGUUUCAGAAAAUAUUCAAGAAGCAUCGAAAUCUUUUAUGAGUAGGGAAGAGCGUAAGCUGCUCCAAGGUUUAUACCGAUCAUAUUCUUUAUCAGUUGAUUUGGUUAAAUAAUAUAUCCGUAAAUAGGUGUUAUAUAAUAAAUAAACAUACAUACCUUCGCCCUUAUUCCCUCCACCAUCCUGAAACCUCCUAUUUAUCCUUAAGAGUGACAUCCUAUUGUUUUCAUUUUGUAUAGGAAUAAGCAGCGGCAAUUCAAAUUGAAACGGCUAAUAAACAGUGUUUUUUAAUAUAAAUAA